AUGGCGCUUGAAGCACUGCCUCCUCAACUCAGCUGCUUCUGUCAGCUCGUAGGUCUGCCCAGCUUCUGUGGACCCGGCACGAGAGCAGGACAAGAUUCUGCGCGUUCCGGAUCUCUGCUUCCGCCCACUAAUGCUCAUCCUGUCUCCUUUCUCGAUUGUCUGAACGUUAGCAGUCCUGAGGGUGGUGAUUUUAACCGCAUGCAAGAUCUUGAGGAUUUGCCAGCUUGCAGUGAAGACCCCAGACUACCCUCGCUUUGCAAUGCACCACUGUUCGUACCGAUUGGUCAAGCUCCCUACCUUGCGUCCGCUAGCCUCACAGUUCUCUACGUGGCGCUCUCUAGUGCCGGAGAAGAAGACCCUUAUAGACGGAAAAUGGUAUACAACCCCAGCACAGAGGCCGUGGUUGCCGAGGUUCCGGCGCUUACAAGCACUGAAGUUAAUACCGCCAUUACCUUCGCAGCUGAGGCACAGAGGGCCUGGGCCGCGAAAACUGCGGGUGAACGGGCUUCCGUCAUUAGGCGCUGGGCUGAUGUUCUUCGCGCACAGACCCCUCUUCUUGCCGAGCUAAUUACCACCGAAAAUGGAAAAGUAGAUUCAGACGCAACAGGCGAGAUUCCUUCCGUAAUUGCUACACUCGAGUCGCAUGCGGAAGAGGCCUCUUUCUUGACACCUCCGCCUUCCUUUGUUCUUCCCGCCUGUAUUGCUGUUCUCCCCCACAUUCUCUCUCUCUCUCUUUCGCCCGUCCUCCUUCCUUUUGUUCCGCUUCAUGGGUUCCUUUUCAAGUUUCACAUUCCAUAUUUUCCUAUUUCGAGGAAUUUGAUGGGCAAAGUCGAUUCAGAUGCCAGAGGCGAGAUCGCUUCCGCUAUUGCUGGGCUGGAGUGGUAUGCAGAAGAGGCGAAGCGUACCUAUGGCUGCAUCAUUCCCUCAACCUCGAUUCCCAACAGGCGUCUUCUUGUGAAUCAUCAACCUGUCGGAGUUGUGGCGAUGAUUACGCCU